AUUUUUUUUUUGACUGUAUUUUCAGGAAAAAUACAAAAUGAUUGCUGUUAGAAUAAAACAUUUGACUUCGCAUUUGGUGUUUCAAAUAGCUUUUAUUAUUUUGUUAUUCUUCGCUUUAUUCCGCGUGUUUUCACCUUUGCUAUUUCAAUACUUAAUAUCAUAUUCAAAAUUAAUUGUUGGAAUGGCAUAUGAAGACACAGAACGGUAUAAGAAAGCUGACCACUUAGCUUGGCAAUCCGAAUAUAAACUUCAUGAAAUGGAGAUGAUGUUUAACCAGGAGUGGUGUAAGAGUCAACAUGUAAAUAAAAAAACAGCGUGGUUGACAGCUAUGAUGAAUGAUAAUUAUGCUGUUGGUGCAGUGUAUUUAGGUUACGUCUUAAAGAAACUAUCAUGCCACCACAAAAUGAUUGCAUUAGUUUCAAAUACAGUAACAGAAAUAUCACAAGAAGCCUUACGUAAAGUUGGGUAUGAAGUAAAACUUGUGGAGCCACUUGACUGUAAUUGGAUGGAUCGUAGAAAAGGUUGGAAGCCACGUAACUUGGGUUUGCCUGGUACUCACAUGCGUUUUCAUGCUUGGAAUUAUACACAGUAUGAGAAAAUCGUGUAUUUAGAUCCUGAUAUUAUGCCACUGACUAACAUUGAUGAGCUGUUUACAUUAAAAGGAGAAUUGGCUGCUGGUUAUUGUGCACGUCCAGGGAUUAUUGAUCCUUGCUUUAAUGCUGGACUUUUAAUGUUUGAACCAUCAAGUAAAAGUUACCAAGAGAUCAUGGAUAUGUGGUCUGAUUUAUCAAAGGGUAAAAAUUGCCCAAACGAUCAGGUUUUAUUGUGGCAUUAUUACGCUGACAGAGGUCGAUGGGUGCCUUUGCCAUAUGCAUACAAUGUUCGCCGAUAUUUGUAUCACCCUCUAAAAGUUUAUCAUUUUGCAUGUUGUUUAACUAAGAAACCGUGGAAAGUAGAUGAUAAACCAACAAGAAAGGUAACCAUAGAUUUUAAAGGUCCUCUCACUGAACCAAUGCAUCUUGUUAUAUUGUGGUGGAGAUCUUUCUUUGAAGCAUUAGAUGAGUAUCAGUUGCAUGAUUGGUACAACAAAGUCAAAGACACCAUUUAAAUUCUUUGUAUUUUUAUUGUUUCUUUUAUAUUUCUUUUUAUCCUUUUUCUUGUUUGUAAAAACAAAUUCAUAAAGCCUAUCUUUUGUGUCCGUGAUAUGUGAUUUUUUGCCUUUUUAGUAAAUUGUGAAGGGAUUCUCAAAAAUAAUAAGUAAAGAGUUGAGAUUACCAGUUGAAAAGAAAUGCAAUGACUGGUAGCUACACACAAUAUUUAACUUGUGUGAAAAAAUUAUAAAUCAUGUAAAUAUACAGUUGAUAUAAAUAUUUUAAUGAUGGAAUUUUACAUGAAAUGUUUUUCUAUAACUUAUUGUAAACAGAGGAAAGGAGAAGUUGAUUUUAGCAGAUUUUUAGUUGAGGAAACAUUUUAAAUUUUACUUAGGUCACCUCUUCUGAAAAAGCCUGUAUGUAUUUUUCUGCAUACUCUUUUUGAGCAAACGUGAGAAAUUUAGUAACACAUGCUGCAAAGGUA